CAACACAUGUGCGGCUCUGUUCUGCAUAGUACUAGGAUGAUCUUUGCCUUUAUUUAAACACACAACACAUUCUUUUCUUAGCACUAACUCUGAAGAUGCUAAAUCCCUUGCAAGUAUUGCAAGAGCUAAAUGAAAGCUCCUCCUUUUUGCAACCUUUGGCCUUCACACUGCUGGCCAUUUUCCUCGUCCUCCUAUACACAUGGUACUCUUCGACUAAAACCACCACCCAAAAGUCAUCACCACCACCUUCUCCACCAAAGCUCCCUAUCAUUGGGAACCUUCACCAGCUAAGCUCGUACCCUCAUCGCUCAAUUCAAGCCUUGUCCCAACGCCAUGGCCCUCUCAUGCUUCUCCACUUUGGAAGUGUCCCGGUGCUUGUUGUCUCUUCAGCUGAGGCAGCCCGGGAGACCUUGAAAACUCAUGACCUCGCAUUUUCUGGUCGACCCAAGUCCACCAUCUUUGAGAAGCUUCUCUACAACUACAAAGAUGUCUCAACCGCGCCAUAUGGUGAUUAUUGGAGGCAGGUGAGAAGUAUAUGUGUGUCAAAUCUUUUGAGCAACACAAGGGUUCGGUCUUUUCGUUCUGUGAGGGAAGAGGAAACCAAAUCCAUGAUCAGAAACAUAAAUGAUUCAUCAUCAUCAUCAUCAACCUCAUCAUCUGUUUUGAAUUUAAGCGAAAUGUUUGUGAGGUUUACUAAUGAUGUGGUGUGUAGAGUGGCUUUAGGGAGGAAGUAUAGUGAUGGCGAAGGCGGGGAAAGUGGGAGGAUGUUUCAGAAGCUUUUAUGGGAGUUCACUGACUUACUGGGAACUGUUAAUAUUGGGGACUAUAUCCCAUGGCUUUCUUGGUUGAGCCAUAUCAAUGGUUUGGGAGCCAAGUUAGACAAGGUGGCUAAGCAGUUGGAUGACGUUAUAGAUACAGCAGUUCAAGAGCAUAUGAACCGUAGUUCAAAGAGUGGAGAUGAUGACCAAAAGGACUUUUUGGACGUUUUGCUUUCAAUUCAGAAAGAAAACGUGGCAGGCAUUCCUAUUGAUAGAGUUAGUAUAAAGGGUAUCAUCUUGGACAUGUUUGCUGCUGGCAGUGAUACCACAUAUACUGCCUUAGAGUGGACAAUGACUGAGCUUUUAAGGCAUCCAAGGGUCAUGAACAAAUUGCAGAAUGAGGUAAGGGGAAUAGUCGGAAACAAAUUUGCCAUGGCUGUUAAUGAAAUUGCCUUAGCAAACAUCGUGCACAAGUUCGACUGGGCAUUGCCCGGUGAAGCAAGUGGGGAGGAUUUAGACAUGACAGAAACCAUUGGCUUAACCCCACAUAGAAAAUAUCCUCUGAAGGCUGUUGCUUUUCCACACUCAAGUUGA